AUGUCGUCGUCGUCACCGCCGCUUUCUCUUCUUCUCUGCGUGUCGCUGCUGCUCUCCUCUACGGUGCAGCAACCGCCUUCCACCCAGGCCCAGCAAGCAGCAGUGCAAGCCCCCGACCCGUCCUUCAUGUUCGGCUGGCUCAACAACAAGUGGGCGUACACCGCCGGCGACACCGCGGUCAUCCAGGUCAUGUCCCUGGACCUCCGUGCCGCCGCCGCCGUCCGCGCCUCGCUGUCCUUCACGUUUUCGGUGAACGGCAAGGAAGGCAACAGCAGGUACGUCACCGACGUGGCCGCCAACAUCGGCGCCGACCCGAACGCCUGGACCGUCUCCUUCGUGCCCCUGCGUGCCGGGAACUUCGGCGCGCUCGUCGGCGAGAAGCGGUUCGUCGCCGCCGAGUGGCCGCUCACGUUCACGGUCGCCGCGGCCGGCGUGCACCCAUCGGCGUCGCGGGCGUCGUGGACGUUCCCCGGCCGGCGCGUCGUCGCCGGGUCCAGGGCGUUCGUGUCCAUCGCCCCCCGGGACGCCUUCGGCAACGGCAUCGCGCGCGGGCCCGACAUGCCUGGCUACUUCAGGGUGUCGGGCUCCUUCCUCAACGGGUCGGCAGUGGAGCUCUGGGACUUUCACUACAACGGGUGGACGGAGGAUGGACGCAUCGGCGUCGAGUUCAGGUCGAAUGUUGCAGGCGACUUGUUGGUGCAUGUUUACGGGGACGAUAGGGAGCUACGUGAUUCGCCUCUAAUGCUCACAGUGAAUCCAGGUGUCCUUAACAUAGCAGUAAGCACAUGCAGCUGGAAGCAUGGAAUCAAUACUUUGCAGGUGUCUUCCAAGCUGGAGAUAUUCAUAUAUCAGAGAGACUCCUUUGGAAAUAUUGUUCCAGAUAUCCAUCCAUUCGAUGCUCAAGUAGUUGAUAAAGCCACAAAUUUGUCCAUCCCAAUAGUAGAUCUCGCGAUGGAAGCAGUAGCUGAUGGAGUGCAGCUCCUAUCUUUUAAUGUUGUAGAGGCUGGACAAUUUUUUCUCACAGUUUUUUAUGCUCAACUGGACGAGAGGGUUUCCAACAGUGUGCACAUGUUUGAUGUUUUUGUAGGAUAUUGUGAUGGGUCAAACAGUUUUGCAAAUGGGUCUGGUUUGGCAAAUUCUAUUGCUGGCUCAGCGUCAUCCUUUUCUGUUUUCUUGUUGGAUCACUACAGAAUCCCUUCUCCAGUUGAAACUGCAAGGCUGCAAGUGAAGAUUUUGGGUAAAAAUGCCACAUCUUACGCAGACCCAAUCAUAACACCUGCAAGAGAACCAAAUGGUAAUGUUAUCAUUGCUGGGAAUUCAAAUGUGCAAACCAGUAAAUUUAAUGUCUCAUAUACUCCCCGAAUUGCUGGCCAAUAUGAAAUUUGGGUACUGUGUGGGAACAUAGUGCUAAAUGGUGGAAAUCCAUAUGCCAUGACAGUUUUGCCAGGUGCGAUCAAUAUGUCUUUAUCAAGUGUUGUCAAGUUUGACCCCAAAGUAAAAUUAUCAGUUGAAAAUGAAGUUGUUGUUCGACUUGUUGACUCAUUCAUGAACCCGGUGGUGUCUUUCAAGUCAAAAUUGAAAUUUCAGCUGAUAUCUGCAAGUAUCACAAGUACCACUAGUUUUGUGGCAAAAGAAUUUGUUGACAAUGGAGAUGGAUCAUAUACUGCUCAUUAUGUGGCAAGGGGUCUUGGUUCAUAUGGCAUAUGUGUUCUUUAUGAGGAUAAACAGCUGACUCCAUGUCCAUUCGACGUCACCGUUCUUGCAGGAAGUAAAGUGGAAAUAGCUAACUCAUCUUCUCCACUUCAUGGGUCAGUCCUGCAGUCUAGCAAAACCUACCGUUAUACACCUUUCGAAGGAUUCUUUGGGAAUGACUCAUUCUCGUAUACAGUAUGUGAUGAGCAUAACAAUGUCGUCACUGCAACAGUCUUCAUAUCUGUUCUCUGCAGACCACCUCAGUUCAUAUCUUUACCCGGCAAGUUGCAUGUUACUGAAGAUACAAUCAGCCCACUAUUUGGUGGAUUUCCGGGGAUGAAAAUGGUGUAUUCAGAUACAACAGAAAAUAUAUCUGUUACAGUGACAGCACAGUCCGGGAGUGUGUUUUUUGAUCCAGUGCGAAUUAAACUUCAACAGCUAUCAGAUGAUGUACUUUCAAUCAGCAGCAGAGGUAGAGGUGGCAAAGACCUGAUGUUACAAGGAACGAUAGAAGUGGUAAAUGAUGCACUACAGUUUUUACUGUACAGUGGAAACGAAGACUUCCACGGAAAUGAUGUUAUAUCUCUACAUGCCUCGAGCAGAAAUGGUGUACGAAGAACUCAGUUCCCAACCUUCGUUGAACCAAUCAAUGAUCCUCCGGUGAUACUUGCUCCAAGUUCAAUUUUCUUAAGUGGGAACCAAUCAAUGGAAGGGCAUCAAAUAUUUGAUAAGCACAGGGAUACAUUUCAAUUUUCCAUUGUUGAACCUGAUCUUCACAAUUUCCCAGGGAACGAGUCUUCCUUUUUUCUAGUGCUCUCGCUAGAAGUCUUGGAGGGAACGUUAACAACCACCUUGCCGUCCAGUGCCAUCGCCACUGCAUCCAUGAAGACUGAAGGCGUUAACGGUUGGCAGACGCUUCAGACAUAUGUGACCAUCGCGAAUCACUUCAUACUGAAAGGAACCGCCAUCAGGUUCCGUGGGAGCGUCCAGGACUGCAACAAUGCACUGCAGCAGUUGCAUUACCAAGGUCCAAGGCAUGGAACAACGUUGUCCAUCACUGUGAACGACCAGGGAAACCAUGGAUGCUAUCCUGACUGUUCAGAGAGAAUGACGAUGCCACUUACCACUGCCAAGACUGUUCUUCUGGUUCCAGUCAUCAAAACAAAACAUGUGAACUCAAGGCGAGCUAUCUUGUUUAGAUGGUUGGCAGCAGCCGGGAUCGUGAUAAUGCUAUGCCUUGGAUGUGCUCUCAUGUGUUGCCUAUGCAAAUGCAUGAGGGCUUUAAAGAGUGAGCGAAGAUACAAAAUCUAUGGUAAAAUUUGCACAACGGAGCAGACCCCAUUUCGUCAGCAUAUGGGUGCUUCACCAUCGCAAUGCGAGGAGGCUGGAUAUUGCCCUGCUACUGCAACUGUGCCCCAGCUUGGUGCAAACAGAUCAACUCUUCGUCAGAGGUCUCCACGUUCAUGCAAGCAAGAACUGGAACUCCAGCCAAUCUCGGGGACCAUAAACAAUAGAACUGAAGAUAGUCUUGCGGUUACAGACAAGGACAAAUAG